GCAGGUGUCACAAACACACCUGGAUGGCUGAAGUAGCGGAGCUUGGAGUGCAGGAUUGUGAGGCGUUCCUGCGUCGCUAUGGUUACCUCCGGUCAGAACCAGCUUCGGAGACACGGCAACAAAAAACAGGUAAAACGAAGACAAGGCCAAAACGCGCCAAGACCAGGGGAAGGAAGGAGAAGAAGAAGAAGAAGAAGAAGAAGAAGAAGAAAAGGACGAACAGAGGAGCGCUAAAACUCGCCAUCAGAGACUUACAGCAGUUCGCUGAUAUCAGGAAAACAGGGAAACUUGACCGUGAGACCCUUGACCUCAUCAGUCGGAAGCGGUGCCCUCACAGUGACCCCGUUCCCAUGGCAAUGACCCGGAGCACCGCCCAUAGCACGUACGUGCAGCCAGGAGGAACCAUUCGCAAGUGGGGGAGGGUGGACCUGACCUACCGCAUCAACUCUUACCCGUGGAACCGUUUGCCAUCCGAAGAGGUGGAUGAGGCCCUUGCGAGAGCUUUCCAGGUCUGGGCAGACGUUACGCCCUUGACGUUCCGACCAGUGACGGAAAAGGCCGACAUCGAGAUCGAGUUUGCCCGAAGGAAGCACGGAAACUGCCGAUUCCACUUCGACGGCUCGGGUAACACGCUGGCGCAUGCGUACUUCCCCGGGGAAGGCCUUCUCGGUGACGUCCAUUUUGACGCCGCGGAACAAUGGACGGUCCUAUCUCCGCAUGGAACCAACUUGUUUAUCGUGGCUGUUCACGAGCUCGGCCACAGCCUCGGUCUGGAACAUUCUGAGCACAGGGACGCCGCCAUGUUUCCAUGGUACCCGGGUUACCAGGGGUCAUCCUACACUCUUCCCGCGGUUGACGUCACGGCCAUCCAGGCCUUAUAUGGAGAUCUGACGUGCCAUGGCCCGGCCGGCCCGGUCACGUGGUGGCUGGUGUACCCGGAUGUAGCGCGGCAGGGAUGGAUGUACGUAGACAACACAAGCCCCUCGCCCAUCAGGAUGGACGCCAUCCCCCGGCAGUCGGAUCCAGUCAUCCGGACUCUCGAGCUCAACAGCGUCACACGUGACGUCAGCAGGCUGGUGUACCCUAGCGACUCGCGGAGGAACGACAGGCUAACGCCUCAGGGUUUUCUGGCCUACACCACCUAUAGCGGCAUCUGGGUUUCUUACGUGGGGUCAAUGACCGGACAACUUGGGGAUGACGCAAAUAGCGUGAUGACGUGUGCAACCAUAAAAGGUGAGGAUUCUGUGUCCCAAGCCGUUGCCAUGGUGAUGGCACACAACCCGAGAAGAGAUGAUCGUCAGGAGUCCAUACUGCUGGGUCAGCAGUUUCACCUCAAGGGAGGUUUUGAGGCGCACUGGGAAUGUCUGCACUCCAUCCAAAGCUCCUUCUACACAAGCUGCUACCGAAGUUUGUAUCUUCCGGGGGUCAGCGCUUCGGCCAGGGUCGGCAGUGCCUCGGCAAAACUCGGCGGUCGUUCGGCAAAGAUCGGAAGCGGUCCGGCGAGGGUCGGCAUGCGUCAAACGAAGCAACCAUUGUGUAUAGGAAUCACCACAGCUUCAGAUAAGGAAGGAAGUUUUCGGAUAGAACUCGGAGCCUGCGCCCACGGAGAGGUCCCGACAUCGCCCUCCCAGCCCCUGUUCGCCAUGGUGGGAAACCCCGAGGUGACCAGCAAUCACGUGGUCUGUGCCGGGAACCUACUGCGGACGGAAGGAGCGGCAGAUCUGCUGUGCGUGUCACACCCGGAACUGUGGCUGACUCUGCAGCAGGCCGGCAGGACGGCGCGGGCCCGGGGGAGGGCGGAGGGCGGCGCGGUACCCUGCCGGGGCCCGGCCGGGGUGCAGACGGGCCGAGACCGGGCUAAGGAGCAACCAGGCGUGACCGAGACAGGAGAUAAGGCAGCGAAGGAGGAGAAGAAGAAACCUUGGAAGCAGAAAAAGUCAAAGCUCGAAUACUGCGUGCAACACCAAGUGACAGCAGAAGCACCGGAGCAGGAGUGUGCGGACCUGUGCUCGUACCAGAACAGUAACUGCCCGCAGUUCUUCGCUGGCACCUCGUGGCCCGCCAGCAGCUACACGGCCGUAGGAUCCCCCCACAGCUGCCUGGUGUGCCAGACCACCGCCGGGCGGGGCGAGCCGCUCUACGCAGCGGUGUACAACAUGCGCUAUCGGAUCCCAGAGUACACCGCCUCCGCCAUCACACGCGACCCGGCAGGCAAAACAUACGACCGGCCAGACUCCGACCUCUGGUACCGCGUACAGAUGGGCCUGUGCCCGUCUCAGCUCCACGAGGCCGUUGAGGACACGUGUGACAAGGACACCAGGACCUGGGGCGUCACGGGACAGGACGACCUCUGUCCUCUGCCCUCGGAGGUCACGGACAUGCUGUGGCGGUACGAUGGUUGUGGGAAGUGCCAGUCUCUAUCCGGGGACUACAGCAGCUGCGGAUACUACUUCAACAGGGGGCAUCUCAACCCCAACCACAUCAACGACCAGUCACCGGACGUGCAGGAGGGGACCUUCAGUUUUCUCAACGCAGCUCCACAGGCGGCCGACUUUAACCAGUGCAUAUGGCAGCCGUACGAGUGCGCGGUCGGACUGCUCGCCGAGAGAGUCUUCACCCAGGCCAAACAGGCCGGAUCUGACGUCAGGAGCAUCUACGUCAUCACCGGAACCAGACUUGGGCGCGGCCACAAGUGGCUGAAGGGGAGGGCAGCCAUCCCGGACUUCUACUGGAAGGCCGUGUGCUACCCCGGGGACGAGGCGAAGGGCGUCGCGGCGUUCGCGUUCGGGUUCUACGGCGCCAACAGGAACUGCACGCGGGUGAUGAAGACGCUGGACCUGCCGGAGUUCCAAGAGUGGCUGUACCGGGGGAGCUUCGACCCGGAGAGUCAGCUGUUCCCGGGGUCGGCGUGCGCGGGAAACGUGUCCGGAUGGACCGACGAGAACGGAGACGGAUUCGACGCGUUCGUGGAGAAGGUCACUCCGGAAUGCCGGCAUGAUGAGCUCGCGGUCAGGUGCCCCGAUCCGGACAGGGAGGCGUGUCAGAAACCCACAAAGCCUGUAGCGCCCCCCGUCAGACCACAGGGUGACGUGCCUCCUCCAUCGAUGUCACAAGGCGCGGAGAAGGUAAUUCCUUUUGCUGGCGACGUACCGGCGGAAGUCAGGGCAGGGGAGAAAUGCGACAUGCUUAAAGUAACCGAUGAAGCCCCAGUGGAACAGUGCAUGCAGCGCUGCACUAAUAACUACUUAUCCUGGCAGGAAUGCACCAACUUCUUCGUCGGGACGCCGUGGCCACCAAGCAGCUACAGCGCUACGAAUGCCGCCGCCUCCUGCCCGAUCUGCCAGACGCAGGAUAGCCGGUAUACGGAAGUCCUGUUCGCCACCAGGUUCAACACUGAACUCCGGAUUCCGGAAUACACGGCCGACGCCAUCAUCAGGGCCCCACACGGUCUGGAGGACCCGCGUGAUGACGACGGGUCGCUGUGGAACAGGGUCCAGCUAGGUCUCUGCUCUUCCACGUUCCACGACCACAUCAGUAAAGAGUGCGACCUCCCGGAGACGUGGUGGUGGGGCGUGACGAAGGUGUCCUCCCGCUCGUGUCGCCUCCCGUCAGACAUGUACCUGCAGGAGUGCGGUGACUGCCAGGGCCUUGAUGAUGACUAUGACGGGUGUGGGGGUUACGCGGACAGGGGACAUCUCAACCCCAACGCCAUCAAUAACCGGGACGAGGCGUCGCGAGAAGCAACCUUCAGCUUCAUCAACGUCGCACCACAGGAUCCGAGUUUUAACCGGCACGUGUGGGAGAGUUUUGAGGAGAAGGUUCGGUACAAGGCGGAGGAAGUCUACCGAAACGCCGACGCUGCCGGCUCUGAUCACAAGACGCUGUACGUCAUCACGGGCACCAAGACGGGCCCUGGGCACGAGUGGCUGAAGGGCCGGGUGGCCUUCCCGGAUUACUUCUGGAAGGCCGUGUGCUACCCCGGGGACGAGAGCUCGGGCCUGCGGCCGUUCGGGGUUGGGUUCUACGGGAGGAACGUCGACUUUACCGAGGUGGAGAACAUGGUUUCUCUGCCCCUGCCCGAGUUCGACAAAUGGCUGUACGACGGCGGGAACGAGCACAUCUUCCAAGGCUCCGUCUGCGCUACAGAUCAUGUAGAUAAAUGGUACAUAGAGAAUGAAUAGUGGCUUUACAGCCAUAGCCACAAUACCUAUUACAACGUGAAUCCUCUAUGGGCUUUGUCUAUAAGAUAUAUACGGCUCCUUUUGUGCUACUGAUAAGGGAACGAGCACAUAUUUCAGGGCUCCGUCUGCGCUACAGAUCAUGUAGAUAAAUGGUACAUAGACAAUGAAUAGUGUCACUAGCUACAAUGCUUAGGCUAAUCGUAUCCUUUCGCUGUAUGAUGGCAGUUUUAAGAUUGCAUUUUACACAGUUUUGUUUGUGCUACUGACGAAGAGAAAUAUUGCAUAGAGAGAGAAUAGCUUUGCAGUAACUACGAUGCUUACGCUGGUCAUAUCCCUUUCCCUGUAACAUGGCAGAUGGAAGACAUUUUGUGCGGUUUUUGUUUGCGCUAACGACGCAGAGAAAUGGUACAUAGAAAACAGAUGUGUUUGGUAGUCUAAGCUUGAGGGAGUGUUUGAAUCUGUAAUGCAAAGCCGAUAUCAUCAGUCUUUAGUGUAACUCAAAGGUACGUGGCGGCACUGACUACGUCAUAUCGAAAAAUGUGUCACUUUAUUUUACAUAUAGCUCUAGUUAUCUGCCGUACUUGGUGGUAACGGAAUCUACUCUGUGAUAGUCCUUAGCUUUUGAACACAUCAAUGCACGGAUAUUACGUUUUAAGACUGUUUUAGAAAUAUUUUGUAUUUUAGCGCUGACCAUCAAUCAUGGUCUUCCGAAUUAUUUUUACAACACGAGCAAAGCAGAAAGCUAAUGGUUGCCGUUGGCGAUGUAAAUAACUAUAUUACAUAUAGGUAAAUCUUUUUGUAUUGUUGGAUAAAUACCAAAUUUGCGAAAUAAGCGGGAAAUAAAACAGGUCGAA